CCCCAUGCGUUUGGAUUAGGAUGAACACGUAUGAGCCAUGUGGCAGCAACAUCCACUCCUAACUGCUCGAUUCUCCUAUUGAACAUGAACAAAAAGGAUUGCUGCUCUGAGAAAAUAGGGUGAAUUAUUCGUACAAGAAUGGCAGCUCCUGAUCUAUUAGACCCCAAAACAGCAACUCAGAAUGCCAAACCACGGCUGUCCUUUUCUGCAAAACCGACGGUUUUAACUCCAGGAGACGACAGCGACCUGAGCCCAACUGUUAUGAAAUGGAAGACCGCCUCAGCUAAUUUUCUGGUAGUGGUGCUUUAUUUGAUUAUCGGCGCCACUGUAUUUCAAGCGCUUGAACAGCCUGCGGAAAGCUCUCAGAAGACCGCAAUUACCAUCCAGAAACUGGAGUUUCUGGAAAAGCACAUGUGUGUCAAUUCCUUGGAACUAGAACUAUUGAUCCAGCAUUUGAUGGAAGCUGUAAAUGCAGGUGUUAACCCUGCAGGGAAUUCUACCAAUCAUACCAGCCACUGGGACUUGGGCAGUUCCUUCUUCUUUGCUGGCACCAUUAUAACCACCAUAGGUUUUGGAAAGAUCUCUCCAACUACUGUAGGUGGAAAAGUAUUCUGCAUUAUUUAUGCCUUGUUAGGGAUUCCGCUGUUUGGGUUUUUACUUGCUGGUGUUGGUGACCAGCUAGGAACCAUAUUUGGAAAAGGAAUUGCGAAAGUGGAAGAUGUAUUCCUUCUUUCUUCAUCCACUUCAAGUGUAUCUCAUCAAACUACUCAUUUCCACCACAGUCUUCAUACAAGAAAAUAUGAGAGGAAACAGAAUCCCAGGACUGUUUCCAAACAACGUUCAAAAUUCAAAGUUGAAGGUUUGAAGGAAUGGAAGAUCAGUCAAACCAAAAUUCGUGUAAUCUCCACUUUAAUAUUCAUUCUGUUUGGAUGUCUGUUGUUUGUGGCUAUCCCUGCAAUCAUUUUUAAACAUAUAGAAGGCUGGACAGCUUUGGAGUCUAUCUACUUUGUUGUGAUCACCUUGACAACGAUUGGAUUUGGGGAUUUUGUAGCGGGAGAGAGUCCGGAUAAAGAAUAUUUAGACUGGUACAAGCCUGCUGUAUGGUUCUGGAUACUAGUAGGACUUGCUUACUUUGCUGCAGUUUUGAGUAUGAUUGGAGAUUGGCUUCGUGUCAUCUCACGGAAAACAAAAGAAGAGGUUGGAGAGAUGAGAGCUCAUGCAGCUGAAUGGACAGCCAAUGUUACAGCAGAUUUGAAAGAGACUCGCAGAAGGCUGAGUGUAGAAAUUCAUGACAAGUUCCAAAGAGCUGCAUCCAUCAAAAGGAAACUGUCCUCAGAACUAGGAGGGCAGCAAACACAAGAGUUAACUCCAGGCAAAAGAACUUUGUCAGUUAACCUCACUGAUGAAAAAGAUACUCUGCCAACUUUGUCAAAAAAUGGUAGCCUUUAUCUUAAUGGCUUAUGUUCUCAGAAUGCCAGUGGAGAGAUCUCAGUAAUUGAAGACAUCAAGUAGCAAGCACCAACAAUAAUAAAGAAAUGAAUAUUAUUCAAAGCCAAACAAAGAAACUCUUUUUUUGGGAGAUCAAAAGACAAUUUCCAUUAGAAACCAUCACCGGAUAAAAUCUUUCUAAAUUCACAGGUCAUAAGAUAAUGCUGCUGUGAAGGAAUGUAGUUUGGAGUUAAUUCACUUCAAUUUAUAUUUGAUCUGAUUUCAAUUUUGAUCUGUAACAUUGCUUUAUACCUUCAGAAAAUCAAAUCAGUGCCUUAGCUUUUGGCAGAUGCAGAUGUCCUUUGCAUGUCUAUGUGAUUAUUAUGAUUUUUUUGUGAAAUUCUACCCAUAACCUGGUUGUAAAUUGUAAAAGUACUUUCUAAAAAUGCCAGGUUGAAUCAAAACAACACCAUAACAACAUUCAUAGCCCUAAAUAAAAAUGAAAAAGAGUUCUGAGGAAGGGUCACUCAACCUGAAACAUUAACUCUGAUUUCUCUCCACAGAUGCUGCCAGACCUGCUGAGCUGUUCCAGCAAUUUCUGCUUUUGAUUCAUUGCCCUAGUUAGGCAGUUAACAAGAGCUCCAAAAACAUUCCUUGUGAUGUAAGAUAAAUAAUGCAAAUAUUCUUUCAGAAUAAUAACUUGCAUUUGCAAGGAAAUUUUCAGCCACGAUAGAUGUUCAUUGAGAAGUUCAGAACAACAUAUGGGAUUUCAAGGCUCAUAUUAAUAAGGCUAAAUAUGAGCAUUGUUAAGACAAGAUAAAACAAAAAAGGAUUUGAAGCUUUUGCAUUCUGUUACUAUAUUUCACCUUUUUUACAAUAGAUAUGAAUGCUUUUUUAAACUCAUCAUUGGUAAUCAAAUCAACAUGCGUCAACAGUUUAGCGUUUAUAUAAUGUGCCUCUACAGCACAGUGAAUCUUUCCUGCUCCUUUAUUUUCUUGAUUGCUGUAACCUGCAAAAAACAGUACAAACAGAACUUUCUCACUAAUACGUUCGAAUUCGGCAAAAGGUAGAUUUUAUUUUGAGAAAGAGAAGGACUUUUCUUUCUUGGGUGUCCUCAGAAAAUUUUCUCUCAUCAUAAGAUUUUAAGAUAAAGGAGCAGAAAGAGCCAUUCUCUUGGGUCUGCUGCACUGCCCAAUGGUGGCUGAUAUGUUUCUCAGCCCCAGUCUCCUGGCUUCUCUGUGUAACCCUUCAUCUCUUUACUAAUCAAGAACCUCUUUAUCUCUGUCCUAAAUACACUCAAUGACUUGACCUCCACAGUUUUCUGUGGCAAUGAGUUCCACAGAUUUAUCACCCUCUGGUUGAAAAAAUUGCUCCUCAGCUCAGUUCUAAAGGUAGUCCCAUCACUCUGAGGUCAUGUCCAUGGGUGCUGGUCUCUCCUACUAAUGGAAACACCCCCUCCACAUCCACUCUAUCCAGGCUUCUCAGUAUGCGAUAAGUUUCAGAGAUUGCCUCUCAUUUUACUAAACUCCAUCGACUACAGUCCCAAAGUCCAUAACCACUCCUCAUAUGAAAAGCACUUCAUCCCUGGGAUCACUCUCAUGAACCACCUGUGGACCCUGUCCAAAGCCAGAGCAUUUUUCUGUGGAUACAGGGACUAAAACUCUCACAAUAUUCCGAAUGCAGUUUAAACAGGGCCUUAUACAGGUUCAUCAGUGCAUCCCCGAUCAUGUAAUCUAGCCCUCUUAAAAUGAAUGUGAACAUUGCACUCGCCUUCCUAACUAGCAACUGAUCCUGCAGGUUAACCUUAAGAGA